AUGUCGACUGAAGACAGGGUGCGGGUGAUCACAUCGCAGAAGCUUUCUUGCAAGAAACAUGACAGUCCGGGAGGGCGAAGCUUCAUCGAAGCGGCACGAGAAGAGGAUAUUGAUCCAGAUCCAUACGGACUUCGAUUGUGGAAGGGAAACUUUUCACUACUCGCGCGGCGCCUGAUGGAUAAAGUCGGUCACAGAGCAGUUUGGCUGCAGCCUUUCGACACCAUGCUUUCAAGCCAAGAGACCCGUCAGCGAUUGCUGCAUGAAGUGGGCAGCAGAGCACGGGUGGAGAUGCCGAUGCCACAUGAGAACCGAGGUCCGAUUGCUCGCCGUGUAGAUCCCUGCAACCUGCGACCCGAGGAGCUCGAGGCAUUGGACGUUCUCGAGACCUCAUACGCACAGGAGUACGUCCGAUUGCGUCGUCUGCUCCGAUCGAUGGGCCAGGAGAUACCCGCAGCCAUCGCCGCAGACCGUUCUCCAUCCUACUGCGAUCGAUUCAGAGUGGACAGCGAUGACAUGCAAAGUGGAAACGCGUAA